AUGGGGUUGUGUGCCUGCCUCACCAAGUGUGUGAGCGAGUUGAUCCUGAUUACGGUGAAUUGCAUCCUCGCGCUAGGGGGAGCCUUGGUGCUAUAUCUUGGGAUAUACUUACAGCACACAGGAUGGGUCGGUGUGAUUCAAAGCUACUGGUCUCCGAUAAAUGGCAUUGUUACAGCACUCAUUGUCAUAGGCAGCGUCAUUAUCGGCCUCGCUGUGCUUGGUUUCGUCGCUGCGUUAUGUCGGUGGCGUAUUGGAUUGUGCAUCUACGCGGCUCUCGUCCUGUUCAUCUUCACCGUAUUCGUGAUCGCAGCAGUGGCCGCCUUUUUGAUAUGGCAUCGUGCUAAUGACUGGGAAGACUCGGUCUAUCCAGCCAGCAGGGACGAAGAAUCCGUGAAAGAAACGUUUGACCAAGCGUACUGCUACGCUCAAGGUGUAUAUGUCUGCAAUCAGGCGUCCGUCUCAGAAGCACUUGAGAUGUUCGUUCCAACACUACAGUCGUCCAUUGUUUCGCUAUUCGAGAACGUAACAGGCGGAGUCAAUGGUCUAUGCGAUGGGUAUUUGAGUGACUACGUGGAGAUAUCGGGCGUGUGUGACGGCUGCAACCAAGCGCGUGAAUUCAAGAACUUCUCGUCCGUGAUUGACUGGGCGAACGAAAAGUGCCCACGGACUGCAGAAUCGCUAAUGUUUUGCGGUGGGAUACUUAGCAUCGGGGACACCGCGACUUCUGCCGGGACAGCGCCGUAUUCAAUGUGUCGCGUGGAAUUCCUCCAGCUCGUGGAAAAGUACACACUUUGGCUCGGCAUUGGCAGCACCAUCGUUUGCGCUGGAGCCCUCAUGGUCGUCACCUUUGCGUGCAUCUUACGACGUCGUGAUCGGCGUCCAGAAACUCACUUUGCGUAUGAACGAUUCUAG